AUGCAUGGUCCAGAGGAUGCAUUAGGGUUUUCACAGGUUGAUUCACAGGCGGUUCCACAAGUUUUGAAGACUUCGUUGGCCGGACACUCAUGUUCUCCAUCGGUGGCGAUGCAGGUGCAAAAGUCGAAACGAAUUGGCGAACGUGGAAACAGAAAGGAGGUCGGAAAUGUGAUGGAAGUUGACAAUCGAAGCGAUGUGGAUGGAUGGCGAGGCGUGGAGUGGAGUGGAAUAGAUGCGAAUCAAUCAUAUUGA